GUGCUGAGUACAGUGGAACUCCGAUUUCUCAUUGCUGAAUUUCUACAUCUAAUCGGGAAUUAUCAUGGUGAAGUACACAGUGCAAGUGUGGACUGGAGAAAUGCUGCUUGCCGGCACACUGAACAGUGUCUACGUUCAACUGGUCGGCACAAAGGGAGAAAGUAAACGCACAUACAUCCCUAAAACCGCCUGUCAAGGAUCGGUGAUUGAGCAUGAUGUGUCCUGUCCCUCCUCCCUGGGCCAUCUGGAGUUUGUGGUGCUGGAAACAGAGCCGUACGCUCUGCUCGCCUACAUCAACGAUGACUGGUUCUGUUCUAAAGUUGUGGUGACCACACCAGAGGGCAACACGGUCAACUUCCCCUGUAACCACUGGAUCUCAGGCUAUGAGCGUCUGGUGUUCAGAGAGGCAACUGGUAAGCUGAUAUUCAAUGAGACCUGCCCAGCGGCCAUAGAGGAGAGAAAGAAGGAGUUGCAGAGUCGCCGUGAUGUGUACCGGUGGAGUAUAUAUGCCGAGGGUCUGCCCCAGAUAAUGAAAGUUGACAGCGCUUCUGAUCUCCCUGCUGAGGUCCGCUUCUCUUUCACCAAGGACUUGGAGUUCAAGUUCACAGCAGUCAAAGCAUUGAUAGACCUGAACCUAGCAGGACUGUCCACCAACAAGGAGCAAUGGAAGAGUAUGGAUGAACUCAGUCACGUCUUUAAUAGCCGCAAGACUGAUGUCUAUGACUAUGUCGAAAAGAACUGGAAGAAGGACGUGUUUUUCGGGUACCAGCUUCUGAACGGCCUCAACCCCAUGAUGAUCCAUCGCUGCUCCAAGCUUCCAGAGAACUUCCCCGUCACAGAAGAUAUGGUGAAGGAUUCCCUUUUCGGAAAUAGCCUUGAGAAGGAAAUUCAGAAAGGCAACAUCUUCCUGGUUGACUACAAGCGCCUGCAUGGAGUGACUGCAAACGUGAUCAAUGGGAAACAGCACUUCUUGGCUGCGCCGCUCUGCUUGCUUUACAUGACCCCAGAAGAGAAGCUCAUGCCCAUCGCAAUCCAGCUGAAGCAGAAGCCUGGAGAAGACAACCCCAUCUUCCUUCCUACUGACUCUGAGUACGACUGGCUCCUGGCCAAGAUCUUUGUGAGGAACGCCGACUUCGCCGAACACGAGCUGAACUUUCACCUGCUGAGGACCCACCUGCUGGCUGAGGUGUUUGCCGUGUCGACACUGCGCAACCUGCCAAUGGUGCAUCCACUCUACAAGCUCCUGAUCUCUCACUUCCGCUACACUCUGCAGAUCAACACUCUGGCUAGAGAGAACCUCAUUUCAAAGAAAGGAGUGGUCACAGAGAAUGCCAGUGUUGGAGGUGCAGGGAUGAUGGAGUUCCUGAAGAAAGCGAUGGCCUCUUUGACCUACAGCUCCCUCUGUAUGCCGGAGGACAUCACUGCACGCGGUCUGGAGUCAAUCCCAAACUUCUUCUACAGGGAGGAUGGACUCCGGCUGUGGGACAUCGUCCACAGGUUUGUUCAGAGAGUGAUUGGUCACUACUACACCUGUGACGCAGACGUCCAGAAGGACUGUGAACUGCAGAACUGGAUCAAGGAUAUCUUCUUCCAUGGGUUCCUGGCCGAAACCAGCACAGGAAUCCCUCAGUCUUUCAGUUCGGUGACAGAGCUGGUCAAGUUUAACACCAUGGUGAUCUUCACAGUGUCUGUCCAACAUGCUGCAGUCAACAAUGGACAGUUUGAUUUUGGCGGCUGGAUGCCCAACUUCCCCAUCUCCCUGCAACAACCACCUCCCAGCACUAAAGGGCAGUCUACUGAGAGCACCAUGCUGAAGACCUUCCCUGACAUCAAUACCACCGUCCAUGGUAUGGCCACGGUGUACCUUCUGAGCAAGCAGUCCACUGACUUUGUCACUUUUGGAAAGGGCUAUCAGGAUCUCUUCAGCGAGAAGACCCCUCUGAAACUGAUUCACGAAACUCAAGAUGUGCUGAAGAAAUUCAACUUUGAAAUCCAAGGCAGGAAUGUCUCUUUGCCCUUGCCAUACACCCACCUGAAUCCCAACAAUGUGGAGAACAGUGUGGCCCUGUAAUGAGUCAGGGUCAUCUUUAUUAGGCACCAAAUGAAAGAACUCACUGAUACAGGGAGACUACCUUGUUUUCAGUUGAAACAUGUUUUAAAACAUUUAUCUUAUAGUGUGCCCUAAUCAUUACGACCUAGGAAGUUUACUCUAUUGCGGUUCAGUCCAUUUUUUUCUUUUUAAUAGCACCAUAGCCACAUAACCAGAACUGGCCUUGAAGCCAAGAUGAGAAGUUCACGUUUUUCUACUUCUGUUUUGUAUGCCACUAUCUGAUCCCUUUUAUUUAAGUCUUUAGUUUGGUUCUUCACCCUUGUAUAACUGAAUGUUUGUGCCUUAGGUCCCUUCCUGUUAAUGGCAGACCUAACCUUUCAUGCAAAACAGGAAGCUACUGUAGCUGCUUCCCCUGGCCUCAGUAUGUGGCCUUUCAUUUUCCAGCUAAACCAGCAGGAGGUCUGGUAUAUGGCUCCCCUAGAGACAGGUGACCUUAAGGAUAACUUCUUUCAGCUGCCUGCCUCCCUCUAAAAGGGGAGUGUUGAGAAUACAUUUCCAAAUGGCCAACACCUACAGACGUCACUUCCCAUAGUGCCUUGCUGCUGAGAGCAAGCUGCAAGUGAUGUUCCUGAUUUAUUAGUAGUGUAGCUUUAAAUUGAACCCACUCAAUAAAGGUGUGGGAGACUACUGUCCAUACAGCCAAGAUAGAGAUUAUAAUUUUGUACCUCUGCUUUGUAACUCUUUAUUUGCUGGCUGAUUUAAGAGCUUUUUGAGUUCAUGCAAUAAAGUCUUAGUUCAUCUUCA